AUGGUCAAAGUCGGAGAUAGCAUCCCAAGCAUCCCCCUUGUCGAGGGAAAGCCAGAUCAGACUGUUGAUCUCUCCAAAGAGCUUGCAUCUGGAUCUGGAAUUAUCAUCGGUGUACCAGCCGCAUUCAGCCCAACUUGCUCCGACUCCCACAUUCCCGGCUACAUUUCCCACCCCAAGCUCAAGAGCGCAGGCAAGGUCUUCGUCGUCUCUGUCAACGAUGCUUUCGUCAUGAACGCUUGGGGUAAGUCCCUCGAUAAGGAUGGCUCUUCCGGGAUUCGAUUCCUCGGUGACCCAGCUGGCAAGUUCACCAGAGACCUCGACCUAGAAUUCGAAGCAGCUCCAUUCCUUGGUACCAACAGAAGUAAGAGGUAUGCUAUUGUGGUUGAGGGUGGAAAGGUCAAGAGCAUUGAUGUUGAGCCGGAUAACGUUGGAGCCGAGGUCUCGACCGCAGAAAAGAUUUUGGGCUAA